CAUGACAGGAUACGACUUCCCUCAUCAUUUCCCUCGAUGGUCAAACACGUGUACCGUCAACUCCUUCGCGUAUUCGCACAUAUCUAUCAUGCGCAUUACCCUCAAAUCCUCCAUCUGCGUUCAGAGCCGCAUUUCAACUCCCUCUUUGCCCAUUUUCUCGCAUUUGGGCCAGAAUAUGAACUGUUGGACAUCAAAGACGUGAAGGGCGCUGCUAACUCACCUGUUAGCGCUGGCAUGCUUUGGGAAAAGUGGAGGGAAAUGGGAAUCUUGGAUGGAAAGGCCAAGGAAGUCCAAGGUCAUAGGCAUCUGCUGACAUUUGUUGAUGGCCCGAGGACGUGUCUUGGAAAAGAUUUUGCGAUCACGGAAUUCAAGACGAUUUUAUCUGUUCUGGUGAAGAACUUCGUGUUUGAGAUGCGGGAUGGACCAGAUACUCCAGUUGAAGUUGCGAGGGGGAUUUUACCUCGUCCACAGGUUGUUGGAGAGUGUCAUAUCCCGCGUUCCGGACCCGGACCUAUCACACACAUCAUUUCUGGAAGUCCGGAUCCGGCCGACGUCUAUCAAUGUCCGGAUCCGACCCGCAUCUAA